AUGGAAGAGAUCCAGGAGGCACUUAAGAGCAUCAAGCAAAUCAAAAACAGUCUCACGGAAGACACCGUCAUUUUCAAUUUGACAAAAUCGAUAUACACUGUUUUAGACAAGAUCGUCACACGCGUCUUUCAAGAACAUUUCCCUUCUCUCCCAACGGCGCAGAGUCUUCAAGAGUGUAAAGAGCACAAACACAUUUUAAAUAUCGAAAAUGUUUAUGAACAAAAGGACAAAGAAAUAAUGAGCGAGUUGUUCUAUUUGGAAGAGUGGACCGGCCAACACGAGUUUCGUAUUAUGUAUGACACAGACAUCCAUCCGUAUACCAAAAACACUCUCAUCGAAACAUUAAACGGUAAACGGAAUUUGACUCUUCUCUUCCAAACAAAAAAUUCCGACUUGUUUGGAUGUUACUUAGAAGCUCCAGUGAAUAUCAAUGAGUAUGGCUAUAGCGAGGAUUUCGACAUUUUCAUUUUCUCAUUAAAAAGCCCUUAUUUGCUCAAGCCAACUAAAUACACUAAACUCCGCUCAUUCGCAGACCUUUGUCACUUCUCGUUGUAUUUCUCAGAUAACGAGGAGGACGUUCUAGAAGUCGAUGGCGCGUUCACUCUACGAUUCCCUCUUUUAGAUGAAGUCUGCGAAAUUUCAACCGAAAUAUCACUCUCGUUCAAAAAUGCAAGUGUAAAAGACUUCAUCGGAGGGUAUAACACUUUCGCUCUCAAACGGUUACUUGUCUUGGAAUCCUAUUAA